CUCAGCCUCUUCAUCUCCCUCCCUUUGAGCGGCUGGUGUGUUCCAAGGGUAGCUUGUACACAUUUUCCGAUUUCCUGGCUGGGAACCUCCCUACCAGGAGAGUGACUCAGGACCCUAGUGGUCAGGCCCCCUGCUCCAUGGGAUCUUUGUUUGCUCAGGAGCUUGGCCCAAGGCCCGGAGCGGGUGGAGGGUGAAGGAUUUCCUGAGCCGUUUGGGCCCCCACCCCUGUCUUCGGCCCCAGCCGGACAGGGAGGGGCAGACAAGAGGGCAGCUAGAGACCAGUUGGGGCUUUUCUUUUCCCCUCAAGGCCAAGAUUAUGGAGACUGGUGUGACCCCCAAGGGGAGUUCCACAGUUCAGCUGGGGUUAGGUGAGAAUCCUCUGGACCCCAGUUCCCAGCAUCGGUUGGAAGGAGAGAAGGAGGUGAUCCGAAAGGCCAUUCAAAAAGAGCUGAAGAUCAAAGAAGGUGCAGAGAACCUACGCAGGGUCACUACUGCCCGUCGAAACCUGGGCCACGUGGACCAGCUGCUCCGCUCCUCCAACCGAAGACUAGAACAGCUCCACUGGGAUUUGCAAGAGCUCAAUGCUCGAAUUUUGCUCCCUGAUGAGACCCACAGCCCUGCUGCCUCUGAGCCUCACCUAAGGGAGGAAAAGCCAGUGGCCAAACAUCUGGAAGCUUUGAGAAAGCAGCUGCAGAUAGAAUUGAAGGUGAAACAGGGAGCAGAGAACAUGACUAACACCUAUGCCAAUGGCAGCCCAAAGGAACGCAGGCUGCUGUCCGCCGCUCAGCAGAUGCUUCGAGACAGCAAGGUGAAAAUCGAACUUCUCCGAAUGCAGAUUGGGAAGCUGGGAGCCUCUGGAGAGACCCUGGAGCCAGGGCCGGAACAGCGCAGGGAGCUGCGGGCCGGGGACCUUCGUCAUCGCUUUCGCAUCGAGACAGCUGUGGCAGAGGGUGCCAAGAAUGUGGUGAAACUGCUGGGGGGCCGAAGGCUGCAGGACCGCAAGGCCUUGGCUGAGGCUCAGACUCGUCUUCGAGAGUCCUUGCAGAAGCUGGACCUCUUACGUCUGGCUCUGGAACGGCUAAUGACAGAACUUCCUCCAGCCCACCCCCUCCGAAUCCUCGUGGCUCGGGAACUACGGGAAGGCAUGCCAAGGAGUCCCCAGCCCACUGGGUCUCUCAUCAAACCCAUAGCCCUCACAGGGACCCUGGAGGUUCGGCUCACAGGAUGCCAGGAAUUGUUAGAAGUGGUUCCUGGCCGAUCUCGUGUGGCUGCCUUGAUGGGAAGCCCAGGAGAAAGUCGGCCAUGGGGCUGGGGCAAACAGCAGCGUGUGGAAGAACUGACCAAGGAGGUUCUGGCGGUGCUGAAGGUGGAUAACCACAUGGUGGGCCAGACAGGCUGGGGGCCUGUGAGUGCCCAGGCCUGGGACCAGACUUUCCUGAUCCCCCUAGAGCGGUCACGUGAAUUGGAGAUCGGGGUACAGUGGAGGGACUGGCGGGAGCUGUGUGGUGUAGCCUUCUUGAGGCUGGAGGAUUUCCUGGAUAAUGCUCGGCACACGCUGUCCUUGGGUUUGGAGCCUCAGGGGCAGCUCUUUGUGGAGGUGAUGUUCUGUGACCCUGUUAUUGAAAGGAGGCCCCGGCUUCAGAGGCAGAAGCGCAUUUUUUCCAAACAUCGAGGUCAGGAUUUCCUCCGGGCUUCCCAGAUGAAUAUCAGCAUGGCUGCCUGGGGUCGAUUGGUCAUGAGCCUGCUGCCUCCUUGCAGCUCAAGUACUCUUAGUCCUCCAGGUCGGCCUUCCUCGACUUCCCCACAUGACUCUCCUGGCUCCUUAUCCCCCAGCUCCUUCCCUCUGACAAAACCCCUGGUUGAGGAGACUACACCACGGAAGGCCCUGGUUGGGGAACAGCUACCACCAAAGCCCCCACGUCUCCACCUGCCUCUGGAUUCAGCUUUUGUGGAGUCACCGUGUACUAAACGCCCUCACAUGGACUACAGGAACAGUCUGAGACAGGGGCCAUGUGCCACACCCAUCAGGAAACCUCCUAAGUUCCAAGACUUCUGUUGUAUUGCAGUGCUGGGUCGUGGUCAUUUUGGGAAGGUUCUCCUUGCCCAGUAUAAAAAGACUGGAACAUUUUAUGCAAUCAAGGCACUGAAGAAGCAAGAAGUCUUGAGCCGGGAUGAGCUGGAGAGCUUGUAUUGUGAGAAGCGAAUCUUGGAGAUGGUGGGUCACUCUGGCCACCCCUUCCUGCUCUCUCUGCUGGUGUGCUUCCAGACCCCCAGCCAUUUUUGUUUCGUGACCGAGUUUGUACCUGGGGGUGACCUGAUGAUGCGAAUCCAUGCUGACGUCUUUCCUGAGCCUCAGGCUCGGUUUUACCUGGCCUGUGUAGUCCUAGGCCUGCAGUUUCUGCAUGAGAAGAAGAUUGUUUACAGGGACUUGAAACUGGAUAAUCUCCUCCUGGAUGCCAAUGGUUUUCUCAAGAUUGCUGACUUUGGGCUAUGUAAGGAAGGAAUGGGUUUUGGAGACCGGACCAGCACAUUCUGUGGGACUCCAGAGUUCCUGGCCCCUGAGGUGCUGACAGAUGAAUCAUACACACGAGCAGUGGACUGGUGGGGGCUGGGAGUACUGCUUUACGAGAUGCUGGUGGGUGAGUGCCCAUUCCCUGGGGACACAGAGGAGGAGGUAUUCGACUGCAUUGUCAAUGAAGAAGCUCCCUAUCCCCAUUUCUUGUCUGUGGAAGGCCUUGCACUCAUUCAGAAGUUACUCCAGAAGUGUCCUGAGAAGCGUUUGGGGGCAGGCCGACGGGAUGCAGAGGAAAUCAAAGUCCAUCCUUUUUUCAGGUCCACAGACUGGGAGGCUCUGCUUUCUUGCCGGAUCCAGCCUCCCUAUGUACCAAUGCUCCGUGGGCCUGCUGACCUGCGUCACUUUGACCAAGAGUUUACAGCGCUGCCUCCAGCCCUGACGCCUCCCGAUCGCCACUGUCCACUCACUGCCCGACAGCAGGCUGCUUUCCUGGGCUUUGACUUUGUCUCGGACCAGUUCUUGGAGGCUUGAGCCAUCAGGAAAAGGCACAGCCUUGCAUAGUAAACCAAUCCUUUCCUUCUUUUUACCCAGUUGGGUUUCUGCAGAAAGCCUGGGGGCAGGAGGAAGCCUGGUAGGCCUCCUCUAUGUGAUAUAUGUGCCCUCAGCAGGCCCUUCUCCCCUCAGUGGGCAGAUUCCACCAUCCAUUCACCUUGAAGCUUUAAGAAUCAUUUCCCACAACUUUUGCACUAUUUCUUCCCCUUGAAGCCACUGGCUGUCAUCCAUCCCAGGGAAGGGAAUGCUCUCCCUUAUUUAUGAACCCUAUUCGGGUCCCAGUAAUUCCUCUCAGAUCCCUGGAAGACAAGCAGGAAAGACUGAGGAAGCCUUCUCUAGCUCUGUCAAAGGACCUUCCAGAUUUAGGUCUAGGCUGGGGAGGAAUGGGAAGAGGAUGUGGGAGUUAGGGAGUGAGCUGGUGACAGCAGCUGGAGCCAAGGCUGGUCAGCAGCCAGGGUUUAUUGAACAUUUCUGUACAAAGCACACACCUCUGAAGGGUCACAGUGGGAAGCAGGGUGCACUGGUGUGUUACUUUUUUUAAAAAAAAAUCUACCUGCUUUUUGGGCUAUUAAAUUUGUAAAUUGCAGAGCUGUAGGGGAAAUGGUCUGGCAUGGGAAGCUGGGGGUGCUGUCUUGAGGGGAAGGAAGGAAAAAUGUAAAAGUUCUGAGACUUCUUUAGGAAUUAAAGUUCAAAGGCCUUUACAGUAAA